GCCUGGCACUGGGUGGUGUGCUGGUGGGUUGGUGCGGGUGACGGGUUUGUACCUUCCCAGGUAAAUGCCACCUCAAAAAGGGCCCCGACCGCUGUGGGCAGGCUUUGCUGCAGAUUGGCGUCAACAUGAUGGCGCUGCCUGGAGGCCGUCACCUGGACUCCAUCCCCCUGCCGGGUCAGCGGCUGCACCUGAUGCAGGUGGAUUCGGUCCAGCGCUGGAUGGAGGACCUGAAGCUCAUGACGGAGUGUGAGUGCAUGUGUGUCCUGCAGGCAAAGCCCAUCAGCCUGGAGGAGGAUGCACAGGGUGACCUCAUCCUGGCAGGCGGUUCUGGCCCUGGAGACCCCCUGCAGCUGCUGCUCAAGCGGGGUUGGGUCAUCAGCACUGAGCUGCGUAGGAUCGGGCAGAAGCUGGCCCAGGACCGCUGGGCACGCGUCCAUAGCAUGAGCGUAAGACUGACCUGCCACGCCCGUUCCAUGGUCAGCGAGUACAGCGCUGUCAGCAGGAGCUCCUCGCAGGAGAUGGGCCAGAUUGAAAAGCUGCUAAUGGAGAAGUGCUCAGAGCUGUCAGCGGUCACAGAGAGGUGCCUCCAGGUUGAGAAUGAGCACAUCCUGAAGUCGAUGAAGGCCUGUGUGAGUGAGAGUCUGAGCACGCUGGGCCAGCACUUUGGCCAGCUGCUGGAGCUGGCCCUGACCCGGGAGGUGCAGGCACUGGUGAGAAAAAUCGAUGCCUCGGACAAUAUCUACACCACAGAAUCCACCACAGGGAACCUGUUCAGCCUGACCCAGGAGGGGGCUCCCUUGUGCCGCAUCAUAGCCAAGGAGGGUGGGGUCGUGGCGCUCUUCAAGGUCUGCCGGCAGGACAGUUUCCGGUGCUUGUACCCCCAGGCGCUCCGCACGCUGGCCUCCAUCUGCUGCGUGGAGGAGGGUGUCCACCAGCUGGAGAAGGUGGAUGGCGUUCUGUGCUUGGCCGACAUCCUGACGGACGACAGCCACUCAGAAGCCACGCGGGCUGAGGCUGCGGCUGUGGUCGCCCAAGUCACCUCCCCACACCUGCCCUUCACCCAGCACCUCAGCAGCUUCCUGGAGAGCAUGGAGGAGAUCGUGACAGCUCUCGUUAAGCUGUGCCAAGAGGCCUCGUCUGGGGAAGUCUUCCUGCUGGCCUCUGCGGCCCUUGCCAACAUCACCUUCUUUGACACGAUGGCCUGUGAGAUGCUCCUGCAACUGAAGGCCAUCCGCGUCCUCCUGGAGGCCUGCAGCGACAAGCAGAGAGUAGACACGCCUUACACCCGGGACCAGAUUGUGACCAUCUUGGCAAACAUGUCUGUCCUAGAGCAGUGUGCCUCUGACAUCAUUCAGGAGAACGGGGUGCAGCUUAUCAUGGGCCUGCUGUCUGAGAAGCCAAGGUCUGGGACCCCCGCCGAGGUGGCAGCCUGCGAGCGAGUCCAGCAGAAGGCUGCAGUGACCCUGGCCCGUCUCAGCCGAGACCCAGAUGUGGCACGGGAGGCCGUGCGGCUGAGUUGUAUGUCCCGCCUCAUUGAACUCUGUCGCUCACCCUCCAAGAGGAACAACAGUGAUGCCGUGCUGGUGGCCUGCCUGCUCAUCCCAUUUCUGGGAGCUCCUGACAGGCAUUGUAUGGUGGUAGGAGCAGCAGGCAUUACAGUCAGACACACCUGUCUUGGUUUUACCAUUAAUGAGCUGUGUGACAUUGGGCUGCUCUGCGUAGAUUGGCUGGGGUCUGUCCUGAAGGCCUCCAGGACUCUGACUUCCAGCAGCUGGUCCAGCCCCGGCUUGUGGACUCUUUCUUACUCUGCAGCAACAUGGAGGAGAGUUUUGUGUAGCAAGUAUGGGCGACAAAAGGCAUUUGGCCUCAUUCUCAAGCCCCCUCUGAGUACAUACCUGUUAACGCACCUGACCACACACCAGCCCCCUCACCUCCUUAUUUAUACUUAAUUUAUUUUUUAUGUGAAAUUAACAGAGGGCUAAACAUUAUAGCAACAUCAUCAGGUAGUCUGUGGUCCUUGGGAGUCUUUUUGUUUUUAUUUUUUGACUUCUGUGACUUCAGUUGCAGAUGUUGAAAUGCAUAAUCGCUAAUAUGACAGAUUGUCAUGGGUGAUUUCACUUCCUUUUGCUUUCUCUACUCUCACUAUAUAACCUUGCUUCAUUUUUUUUAAACAAAAUCUGAUAACAAGAGUAUUUUAACUGU